CGCAGAACAUCGCCCACAUCGUCAACGUCAUUGAUUUGCUUGCCAUCCUAUCUGCUGCGGGAGUGCCCAUCACUCACAGGAAGCAUGACUGGCUACACAUGAACGUUGACCCCGUCUCCAUUUCUCCGGCGUUCGUCGUUGGUACCCUUCUCAUGGCGUUAGGCACCCUCAUUCGCGUCGUCUCCUACAAAUACCUGGGCCGCUACUUCACCUUCCACCUUGCCAUCCGGAAGGACCAUCAACUCGUGACUACCGGACCGUACUCUAUCGUCCGGCACCCCAGCUAUACGGGUGCUUGGAUCUACAUGAUCGGCGUCGCCGUCAGCCAGCUUGGUCCCAGCUCGCUCUACACCGAGCUUGACCUUUGGAAGAAUCCACUCGGCUUUGUCGCGGGCGUGUGCCAGCUCGUAUUCAUCGCGUAUAUCGGCCUGACCAUUCAUCUCCGGGUGCAGAAGGAGGAUGCAGCGCUCAGAGAGGAGUUCAAGGACAAAUGGCUAGCAUGGGCGAGCCGCACGCCUUGCCGUCUGCUGCCAGGUGUCUACUAGGAAUUCGGUGCCUUUGUGAGUGCAUUGCCCCAGCAGUCUGC